AUGGUGGUGAUAGUUCAUGAGGUUUCUGAAAAGAAGAGAGUGAGGAAACAGAAAGAUGUAAAUGUAGAUAGAACGGAGGUUUUGGAGAUGGUUUCCGACAAGAAUGGUGGUUGUGGUGGCGAUUUCUGGCAGAUUGUGGUUUACUUCCACUUUGGAUUGGGCUUUUCAACAACAAAACUCACUAGUUCUUCUCCAUCAUCUGCAGGAUUUUUUUUUUUUGAAUGCACUUGGAAGAUCCCAGACAACGAUGGCCUCUUACUUCCAUAUACACUUUUCUAUAUAGAUGCUAUUGAGGGAGAACGACGACUAUUGUCUCAUUCGAGGCCACCUGCCACUGCUACAAAAACCAAGGUUUUGACGUUCAAUUUUGGAUUCCGGCUUGAAUUUUACCAGAAGAAAAAUAGUAGAUCCCGUUUGACAUCUUAUAGAAAAAGUGGGGGGAAGAAGUGA